UGAGAAAAGCUGAAAUUAGGGUUUUUCGGUUCCUAUAAAACUAAGAGAACCCCAAAAGCUCUGAUUUCCAUUUUCAAUUUCAAUACCUCUCUCUCUAUUUGUUAUUGUUUUUAAGUUUUUGCAGAGAUCAAUCAUGGGAAAGGGUCCCGGUCUCUACACUGAAAUCGGCAAGAAAGCCAGAGAUCUUCUUUACAAGGACUAUCAGACGGAUCAAAAGUUCACCAUCACUACCUACUCACCUACUGGAGUCGCCAUUACAUCUACAGGUGUAAAGAAAGGUGACCUGUUUCUGGCAGAUGUCAAUACUCAGCUGAAGAACAAGAAUAUCACUACUGAUGUCAAAGUGGACACAGAUUCUAAUCUUUUUACAACCAUUACAUUUGAUGAACCUGCUCCUGGGCUGAAGGCAAUUUUAAGCUUCAGAGUUCCUGAUCAAAGGUCUGGUAAGGUGGAGAUUCAAUAUCUGCAUGACUAUGCAGCUGUAAGUUCUAGUAUUGGGUUGACACCCAACCCUAUUGUUAACUUCUCUGGUGUGAUUGGAACCAAUGUUGCCUCACUUGGUACGGAUCUGUCAUUUGACACCCAAACUGGGAACUUCACAAAAUGCAAUGCUGGACUUAGCUACUCAAAUGCAGACCUGAUUGCUUCAUUAACCCUGAACGACAAAGGUGAUUCCCUGAAAGCGUCCUACUACCAUAUUGUGAACCCUGCACAUACUGUUGGUGCAGAGGUGAGCCAUAGCUUCUCAACCAAUGAGAAUACUAUUACAGUUGGUUCCCAGCAUGCAUUGGAUCCUUUGACCACAGUGAAGGCACGAGUGAACAACCUUGGCAGGGUAAGUGCUCUCAUUCAGCAUGAGUGGCGGCCAAAAUCGUUCUUCACCCUUUCUGGAGAGGUGGAUAGCAAGGCUAUUGAAAAGAGUGCCAAGUUCGGAUUGGCUCUUGCACUCAAGCCAUGAGCAUUUAGCCAAAUUGUGUUGAAGGUAGUAGGUUGAGCAUUAGAAGUGCAGUAUAGUUCUAUCUGGACUAACUUUUGCUGUUCCUAAGGUUGGUUGCAACCCUUUUGUCUGAGUUCUCAUGGUGAUGCCUCUUUCUUUCUGUUUUGGUGAUUUUGGAUGUAAAAAUAAAAUGAGAGGUGUCAAAAACCCAUGCCAUUACUGUCAGAGUCCCCACAAUCUUUACUCCAAAUUGAACGGAGGUUGAAUACCCUUAUUUUCUGAGGGUUUAGUUCAUAAUUUCUUUCCAAUUCUUUGAUGGCUAUGCCUAUUUUCUCUGGUAAACAGCAGGCUUUACUUCCUGUUACUCAUUUGGGAUUCAUUGUUGAAGUUGGUUAGCCCAAGUAAUUUAACUUUUAUUAUUGUUACUA